AAUUGUUUUUUUUUAUUAAAUAAGUUUUAAUGUAGUUUUGAUAGUAAAAUAAGUAAAAUAAAAAUGCAGACAUCGAAAUUAAGACCGGUUCUAAAGGCUGUUAGUGUUUUGAAUAAAGCGAGGUACGUUACAUCAGUGAACAAUGUUAUACCCAAUGCCACCGAGUCUGUACAAUCACUGAAGUCAUGGGACGAAAUUCCCGGCCCCUCCAAGUUGCCAUUCAUAUCGUCUUUACAUCAUUUUCUUCCCAUGGGGUCAUUUUAUAACAUUGAUGGAUUUGAAUUAUUGGAUAAGUUGUAUAAAACAUAUGGACCAAUAGUAAGACUUCCCGGACUUUUUGGAUCACCGGAUAUAGUAAUAAUAUAUGACGCUGAGAGCAUAGCUUAUAUUUUACGCAGUGAAAAUUUGACGCCAAAACGACCAGGAUUUCAAUCAUUGGAACAUUACAGAAAGGAAUAUAAGAAAAAGUCUGGGAAAGUAACACACGAGAUUACUGGCCUAGUAACAGAUCACGAUGAAAAAUGGAAAACGCUGCGAUCCACAGUCAAUCCGAUUUUGCUCCAACCUAAGACUAUAAAGCUGUACUCAAAAAUAUUAGAUGAUGUAGCCAAUGAUAUGAUUAAGAGAAUGAGAUUAAUUCGCGAUGAAAAUAACAUGUUGAAAGGUGAUUUGAGUACCGAAAUGAAUUUGUGGGCCUUGGAGUCAAUCGGUGUGGUAGCGCUCGGCGAUCGCCUCAAUUGCUUCGACCCUAAUCUUCCCGCAGACUCCCCCGUAAGGAAACUCAUUCAAAUUGUACACGACUUUUUCGCUGUAGCGGAUAAAUUAGAUUUCAAACCGAGUCUUUGGAGAAUAUAUCCAACCAAAUCUUACAAGAGGGCUAUGAAAUUAUACGAGGAUCAAGAGAAUUUAAAUAAAUACUUCAUCCAAAAAGCGACUGAGGUACUGAAAACUAAAAGAGCGGAUAAGGAAUCGGAGAACGAAAAGGGAAUUUUAGAGAAGUUACUGGAAAUAAACGAACAUUAUGCUUACCUGAUGGCCAGUGAUUUAUUAUUUGCCGGCGUGGAUACAGCCGCAAAUACGGUAAUACCAACUUUUUAUUUAUUAGCAAAAAACCCGGAAAAGCAAAAUAAAUUGAGAGAAGAGAUAUUGUCAUGUUCGGAAAAGAGACCAUACUUGAAGGCUUGUAUAAAAGAAGCGAUGAGGAUUAUGCCAGUGGUGUCUGGAAAUUUGAGACAAACAUCGAAAGAAUACAGCCUUCUUGGGUAUCACAUACCAAAGCAUUCGCUUUUGACCUUCGCCAAUCAACACGUUUCGAUGAUGGAUUGCCACUAUCCAAGACCAAACGAGUACAUUCCUGAGCGGUGGAUGGCAGAUAAGGAGGAUCCAUUGUACCACGGGAACGCACAUCCGUUUGCGUUCAUGCCUUUCGGAUUUGGAACUCGAAGCUGUAUCGGUCGUCGCAUAGCCGAGUUGGAGAUGGAAACAUUCGUCGCUCGAGUUGUUGAAAACUUCCAAAUUGAUUGGUUUGGUGAAGAACCUUUGAAGCAGUAUCAGAGCGCAUUGAAUUAUGCCAAAGGGCCAUUUAAUUUCACCUUUAAAGAUAUCUAAUACUCAUGUACAUUUCACACUAAGGUUGAAUUGAGGUUAAAGGAAAUAAAACAAGAUUUUUUUACAAUAU